ACCCUAUCAAUUAGCUAGAAUUAGGAAGUGAGAAGCUCAGUUAAAAAAAAGGAAGUGAGAAGCUAAAGAAGAAGAUGACAACUCUCUUAUUUGAGAGUACCCAUACUUCCAAGAAGAGUGAGAUUUGAUUUUUGAAUCCCAGAGUUUGAGGCCAUUCUUGAAAGUCUUGACAACCAGUUGGUGGUCUGUCACUGUUUCGGCUCUAAUUUGGUGCAGAUUGUGAUUGUUUGCUUGUUGAAACAGUCAGCUUUGGGAGAGUCCCAGAAGCCAUUGAAGAAGCUUUGGAUGUCUUUGAAUCCCAAAAAACUUUGAGAAAUCUCCUGAAUUCUACUGAAAUCUAUCCCGGUAUAAAAGCUCUGAAGAAUGGUUGAAGACGACGGGAAGAGGAAGACGGUGAUGACCGCCGAUGAUGACGUGUCAGCAGAGGAGUGGCUGUCGCGGGCCCGGCAGCUCCUCCCGGAAGCUCUAGGAAGGGCCAGAGAGGUCCGGGGAUUCCCCGGCCGGUGGAAGAUGAUCGUGACGAAACUUGAACAGGUUUCUCCGACGUUGUCCGACCUCUCCACGCACCCCUGCUUCUCCAAGAAUGUCCUGUUCAAAGAACAGCUCCGGUCGGUUUUCCGGUCACUGUCGGAAUCAAUUGAGUUGUCAGAGGUCUGCUGCGGGGAGAGGUACGACGGGAAGCUCCGUAUGCAGAGCGAUUUGGAUUUUCUCGCCGGGAAACUUGAUUUGAACCUGCGGGAUUGCCGGAUUCUGAUCAAGACCGGCGUCAUAGGCGAGGAAUUUCUCGCCCGGCUUCAGAUCGGCCACCUGGAGGAUAAACACAAAGCUCUUGAUUGCCUUCUGGAAGCCAUGGAAGAGGACGAGAAGAAGGUUCUAGAGGCUCUUGGUCGGAACAGCGUCACGGCCCUGGUCCAGCUCCUCACCGCCGCCACUUCUCCGAGGAUUAGAGAGAAAGCAGUCACCGUCGUUUGCUCGCUUGCGGCGGCGGGGAGAUUCGAUAAGUGGAUGGUGGAAGAAGGCGUUCUUCCUCCGCUCAUACGGCUGGUUGAAUCCGGGACAGAUUUGGGUAAAGAGAAAUCCGCCCUGUCUCUUCAGAGGCUUUCGAGCUCGGUACUGACUGCCCGGGCGAUCGUCGGGCACGGCGGAGUUAGGCUCCUGGCGGAGGUUUGUGCGGCGGCGGGGGAUUCAGUCACUCAGUCGGCCGCCGCUUGUACCUUGAAAAACAUCUCGGUUGUGCCGGAGGUUCUGCAGGUUCUCGUCGAGGAGGGCGCGAUCAAACUCAUGAUCGACCUCCUCGACUUCGCCCCGCUGGUCGGAACGAAGAACCACGCCGCCGAGUGCUUGCAGAAUCUCACCGCCGGAAACGACGACAUCAAGAGACGCGUCGUCUCUGAUGGUGGGGUUCGGAGUCUUCUGGCUUUCCUAGACAGCCAUGGCACGCCCAGGGAAUCCACGGUCUUGGCCGUCAGGAACUUGGUCAGGUGGGCCCCGACCGACGAGUUGGUUUCCCUCGGCAUCCUUCCGAAGCUAGCACGGGUGCUUCGGUCGGGCCCGCCCGGGGCCCAACAAGCCGCUGCGUCGUCGAUAUGCAAGCUCUGCACAUCGGGCGACGCGAUGAAGCUGGCGGUCAGCGAAGCGGGAUGCGUCCCGCUUCUCGUCGGGAUGCUGGGGGCGAAAACAAACGGGGCGAGGGAGGUGGCCGCGGAGGCGGCAAGCGCCUUGAUGCGGGUCCCACAGAUACGCCGGGAGGUGAAGCGGGACGCGAGGAGCGUGCCGAAUUUGGUGGCGAAUUUGGACCCGAACCCACAGAACGCGGCCAAGAAGUACGCGGUGUCGUGCCUCGUGAUCUUGUCGACCAGCAAGCGGUGCAGGCGGUUGAUGGUGGCGCACGGGGCAAUCGGCUACCUGAAAAAGCUCUCGGAAAUGGAGGUCCCCGGAGCUAAGAAGUUGCUCGAGCGUUUGGAAAGAGGGAGGUUGAUGAGAAGCUUGUUUGGAAGACAUUAAUUUCUUUCUUUUUUCCGGCAAGCGAAACAUUAUUGAAAAGUGCUUUCAGUAUCUUUCUGAAACAAACAUUAUAAAAAAGGAACAUUUUA